GAAGGCACGAAGCAGAAGCGGUGUGAGCCGAGCCUUCUCAGCCUUGUCCAAAUGCACAAAUGCACAGCUGAGAAGUACACGUUGUCCUUUCCCAAUUCACAAAUGCAUUCUCACUGUCCAACAUCGCCUCUCAGCCAGCGAAAUAUUUUUGACAAGCCCGUCUACACCAUGGAGAUCGUCAGGUCCGCAGAAGGCUUCAAGCAAGUCGAAGGCAGAUAUACGUUCAGCUACUCAUCCGUUAUUAUACGAAAAAAUGAUCAGCUAUAUUACGGAAAAGCUCCUUUUCGCGGCCCAAAACUUCUUGAACUCAACUUCUCCGACCUUUACGAAGUGGAACCACUAGAAGCAGAAGAUCGGGGACCCAAGGUGAAGCCCACCUGGACUGUAUUAGACUCGCCGCACGACUAUUACGUCAAAACACCAGACCUCUGGGCUUACCGGGGACCUGAACUCGAACAACAAAUCCUCCACGAGGUCGAGGCGUACGAGCUGCUGAAAUGCCAUCCUCAUCCUAAUAUCUCAUUCUACGGCGGCUGCCAAAGUACGAAUGGACGAGUAUCAGGCAUCUGUAUGAAGCGGUACACAUCGACAUUGGCUCAAAAAGUUAACCCCGGCCAUUUCUGCAAAGCCAAUUUUCUCACUAGCGAUGUCCGCGCGUCUGUCGACUCUGAUGCUGCCAAAGCAUGGCUGGCUGGCAUCUUGGCGGGCAUCCAUCACCUUCAUUCGCUCGGCAUCGUCCAUAAUGACAUUACGCCCUCGAAUAUCAUGUUUGAUGAGGACGGAACAGCUGUACUCAUUGACUUUGAGGGUUGCCGAAAGAUUGGCGAGUCGCUGGAGAUCGUUAGAAGAACAUAUGGAUGGCAUGAUCCUGAGGUUAAGACCGCGUUGGAGAAGAACGAUCUUGACGCCUUUGCGGAUUUGCAGACCUUGUUAAUCGGGACGUCAGUCGACGACUUUGUGUUUAAGCACGGAUAAAAACCUUCCUCAAAAACUUACAAGAUGAAGGAAUGAGAUCGGAUGAUUGGCUUUGUUAGUAGACUCUUCUUCGCAUAAAAUGUGACUGGUU